AUGGACUUCGACCUCAUCACCAGCAACCGGACGGCGGCUGCGGAGCAGGGCUGCCGUUUUCGGCCCGUUAGCCUCGCCUGGCUCUCCGCCUUCAACCGUAGCAACGAGUCUCGGGCGGGGGAGCCGCUGAGCGGCGACUUGGAGGCGGGAGGCACUUCGGCCGCCGCCCGCAUCGUCAUGUCGGUGGUGUACUCGGCGGUGUGCGCCCUGGGGCUGCUCGGUAACGUGCUGGUCCUCUACCUGAUGAAGAGCAGGCGGGGCUGGAAGAAAUCCUCCAUUAACCUGUUCGUCACCGGACUGGCGGCCACUGACUUCCAGUUCGUGCUGACCCUGCCCUUCUGGGCGGUGGACACGGCGUUGGACUUCAGCUGGCCCUUUGGCCGGGUCAUGUGCAAGGUUGUUUCCCUGGUGACCGUCAUGAACAUGUACGCCAGCGUCUUCUUCCUUACCGCCAUGAGCAUCGCCCGCUACUGGUCGGUAGCUUCCGCCCUGAAGCCCAGGAGCAAGAUGAGCGGCUGCUCGGCCAUGUGGGUCAGCAUCGUGAUCUGGAUCUCCGCUGUGCUGGCCAGCAUCCCGCACGCCGUCUUCUCCACCACCACCAGCAUCUCCAACGAGGAGCUGUGCGUGCUCAAGUUCCCCGACCACAACGGCUCCGGCCAGUUCUGGCUGGGUCUCUACCAGAUCCAAAAGGUGCUGUUGGGCUUCCUCAUCCCGCUGGUCCUCAUCACGGUCUGCUACCUACUGUUGCUGCGCUACGUGACCAACAGGAAUGUCAGCAGCUCCAGCGCCAGCCGGAGGUCCAAGGUGACCAAGUCGGUCACCAUUGUCGUCCUGUCCUUCUUUCUGUGCUGGCUCCCCAACCAGGCGCUGACUUUCUGGGGAGUCCUGAUCAAACUCAACGCCGUUCAGUUCAGCUCCGAGUACUACAUCGCCCAGUCUUACAUCUUCCCCAUCACCGUCUGCCUGGCUCACACUAACAGCUGCCUGAACCCCAUCCUGUACUGCCUGAUGAGGAGGGAGUUCCGCAAGGCGCUAAAAGGCAUGUUCUGGAGGAUGUCCUCCCCAACCAUUAUACACAUGCGGCCCUUCACAGCCAGCACUAAGCCAGAACAGGAUGAGCAGAGGCAUGUCAUCAUUCCGAAAAACCCGGUCCAGCCGGAGAUUUUGUAUUACCCCCCGGGGGUUGUGAUGUGCAAUGGGCGAUAUGACAUCUUGCCCGCCAACUCUGCGGAGCCCCGCUAUUAA